AUGCGCAAGACCGCAAGGGCCUUGCUACCCAUUCCGUUCGGGAGAUCCGCGUUCAAACACGAGAUUUCCCAGCCCAGGCAUCCAUGCUCCAGCGCGGGCCGACGCGAGCAUCAAUGGCUUGCCGGCGAUGGUCGGGUCAAUUUGAUCGGUAGAUGCCGCAAAACCCGACGGGCUGGCAUGGAAGCCGACGCGCCACCACGCAGGCACGCCGUCGCGCAUUGGCACCGUGCUAAGCCAUCCAACGGCGCUGCAGAGCACUCGCCACGAGCUCACGUCGCUACGACAAACGACGGCGGUUCGGCGGAUGCGCCGACUACGCUCGUUCGCGUGGAAACAAGAGUCCAUCCUUCUCCGUCCACUGCUGUCCACUGUUGUCCGGUGCUGUCCGGUGCUGGUGUCAGACAUGACGACCCCAUUGCCCUACUUCAAAGCACGAACGGCGGCUCCUCGGUCUUGGCAACAUCAUCGAACCGCAAACAACUGGUGUCCAGGCUCGCCAGGGGCUCCAGCACCAUCCCGUCAACCACCGAUCUUCCCCGACAUACAAGCACCGCAACCAUGCACACGCGCAACGAACUGCACCGCGUUAUCCGAGUCAUCUCCACCACCACCGCGCUGACCACGCAGGGCUCGUUGAUGCGCCACCGACAUCAAUCGCAUGAUCUCGCGUGUGCUGGCUUUGCUGCAGCUCGAGAAAUCGUCCGACCAUCGGUCCGUCCGAAACCAACAGAUGAACCUCGGCCCAACCAAAAGCGUGGCUUUUUGGUGGAUGCAGCAUCUCGCCGAUCCAUCACCGACAAUUUGCUCGCGUCUGAUUGGCUCGAUAAACCCCAAGCAUAUCUCGCUACGCACAGAGAUAAGAAAUUCCCCUUCAUCCCGACCUCUUCUUCCUCUCCCACACACCGGGAAAUUUCCCCCCAUCGGUCAAUUCCGAACAAGCUCAACAACCCCCCCCCACCCCGGCCGCAGAUCUACAUCAUCCCGCAUCGCCUUUUCACCUCCUCCAUCGGCAUCCCAUCGGCAUAUCCCCGAUAUCAAAAGCUUUAG